AUGGAUGAUUCGAAGGCGGAAGUCCAAGACUCUUUGUUAGAAAUUAAGUUGGGAACGGAAGACAACCAUCAACCAAUCUACAUCAGUGGUCUAAUGGAGCCAGAACUUCGGGCCAAGAUGGAAGAGCUUUUGAGAGAGUUCAAGGAUUUCUUUGCUUGGGAUUACACCGAGAUGCCCGGAUUGAGUCGUGACUUGGUCGAGCAUCACCUACCAACGGUUGAAGAUUUCAAGCCCUUUAAGUAG